UCAGCCUUUUGGAAAUUAUUCAAUCUGCCUUAUACCUCGAAAAAAUACACUGCUAAAUUGUUGUUAAAAUGGAUCGUUUUACACAAGAGAUGCACAACUUCAUAACCCCUUGUAACAAAUACAGUCAGGUCAACUUCUUUGAAUAUGACUUCUUGGACCAAAUACUACAAGAUCUACAAGAAGUUUUUACACCAUGCCAGCUAAGUCUUGCUGAUGAUUGUAAUACAGGAACAAACUCAUUGUACGACGAUUUGUUUUAUUCCCCGAAUUCAAAGAAACAACAACCCACGACUCCACAGCUAGAGCUUACUCGUCUUGAUGAAUUCGUUUUACAAGAACUUGACAUUAUUUCUGCAGAACUAUCCGUUCACAAUAGUACCCGAAGAGGUCAAAGGGUCAAGAGAAGGUUAUUUAGCUGUAGUGGCGACGACGACGAACCUGCGCCAAAGAAACGCUGUACAAUAAACCUUUCACACAGCGAAUCUGACGAUGACUCUGAGUUUACGUGGUCAUCAGUUUGUAGAAUUUAAACACUCUCCUAUUGGAGGCAAUAUAGAAAAAAAUAUAUAAUUGUUCAAUAUUAUACCUUUGUUAGUUAUAUUCUAUGCAUAUUUUACACUUGUAAUUAUUGAAUAUUAGUGCUUAUUAAAAAUUUUGAAUUUAA